ACGGAGUGGAGCAUCCUGCCGUCUCUUCGCCCUCUAACCAUCUCAGUUCAGCUGUCAUUACACGAAUGUUGUCAGUUUAGGGUUUCGGUAGUCAGACCGAGGGUUUCGUGGUUACCGUGGCAAUUGAACAGGUAAAUCGUUAAAAUUGACAAAUUGUUUUAACACCACAGGUUGUUAGUUGUGGAAAAACUGGCUGGAGGCGAAGAUGGUCAGGACUGGCGGUGUUUUGAAGUUUGCAGCGCUCAUCUUUGCAUUCCUCCUAGCUGUCUUUCUGGCUUUUCAGCUGCUAGAGAUCAACCUCGACUUCAAACUGAGCAGUGUGAUUUCAAGAUCUAUGCCAGUGAAUGAAGUCUCAGCAAAGCCAGUCAGGUACAAGUGUGGGCUGUCUAAGUCAUGUCCACUUGGACACUUUGCCUUCAAGAUGACGAGUGGAGCGGCCAGUGUGGUGGGGCCCAGAAUCUGUCUGGAGGACAAAUUACUAAUGAGCGGUGUGAAGAACAACGUGGGGAGAGGAAUCAACCUUGCCCUGGUCGAUGGGAAAACAGGGGACGUUAUUAAGACCGACUUUUUUGAUAUGUGGGCAGGAGAUGUGGCUCCCUUAAUUAAAUUCCUCAAGGAAAUUGAUGAAGGGACAAUCGUGAUGAUGGCCUCAUUUGAUGAUCCCUCAACAAAACUCAAUGAUGAAGCCAGGAAGCUAAUUUCUGAUCUGGGUAGCUCAGCUGUCAGUAAUUUGGGCUUCCGCGAUAACUGGAUCUUUGUCGGAGGGAAAGGCAUCAAGACCAAGAGUCCAUUUGAGCAGCAUAUAAAGAACAGUGCAGACACUAACAAAUUUGAGGGAUGGCCCGAGGUGUUGGAGAUGGAAGGCUGCGUGCCUCAGAGGCAGGACUGAGAAGCGUCAUUGUUACAGCGCUCACCCCCCCAAGCUUGUUAUUUUACCUACCAAAACAAGAGCGUUGCAUUAUUGCACUGCUACUGAUGGGAAUGGAUGUCAUAGCCCAGAUUCUUUGGGGGGGCUAAGUUUCCAUUAUCUGCUCCCUGCCUUAAUCUCAUCAUCGAAUUUCUGGUUUUUAACCAACAUGACUUUGUGAUUCCUUUGUUUUUCUUUCAGAGUUGCGUUUAUUUAAAAGACUUUGUAUUAACAGGGUUUGAAGAUGCGUCUUGUCAUGAAAUCAUAACUAAAUGUACCAAAUUCACUGUGAAAUUUGUAAAUAUUUGUUUUUAGGGGAGGAUUUCAAAGAUCCUUAUUUAAUGAGCAUUGUAAUAAUGAUAUAAUUUCUUAAAAUAAAUGGUAUUGUUAGUGA